AAAAAAAUAUAUAUUUUUAAAUUUCUUACUUGUUGUAUUAAUUGUUAUUAAUAAUAAAUAAGUAAUUAAAUAAUAAUAUGGAUUAUAAAUCCGAACAAAAUGAAGAAAUCGAGGCAUUAGAUUCUAUUUAUUCCGGAGAAUUACAAAUUUUAGAAACAGAACCACAUUAUAAAUUUAUACUGCCAAUAAAAAGUGAAGAGUAUGAACCAGAAACAAAUAACGGGCUGUCAUGUGAUUUAGAAUUUACAUAUACAUCUAAAUAUCCAGAAGAGCCGCUAGAAAUACGAAUCGAAAAUGCUGAAAAUUUUGAGGAUGAUGACGAGGAAAAAUUACUUGAACAUUUAAGUGAACAGAUGGAAGAGAACUUGGGUAUGGUUAUGGUAUUUACGUUAGUCAGCGCUGCCCAAGAAUGGCUAAAUGUACAAUGGGACAAAAUAAAAUUACAUCGUCAAGAAUUUGCUGCUAAAAAAUUAAUUGAAGAGGAAGAAGCUGAGAGGAAAAGGUUCGAAGGUACUAGAGUUACAGUUGAGACAUUUAUGAAGUGGAAAGAAAAGUUUGAUGAAGAGAUGGGUCACACUAAAAGACGUGAACUUGCAUUGAUCCAAGGAAAGAAAUUAACUGGCAGAGAAUUAUUCAUGACUGACAAAACAUUAAAUGAAUCUGAUCUCAAGUUCUUGGAUGAUGCUGAUGCUGUAAAAGUUGACGAAAGUUUAUUCCAAAAUCUCGAUGAUCUAGAUCUUAAUGAUAAUGAAGAUACUGAGGAUGAUGAUGAUGAUUCAUAUAGAAUUGAAUCAAUGCGUGAAUAUAUUGAACCUGUUAAUUGAGAAAAAUAAUUGUAUAUUUAUAUCUUUUUUUUUCUUUUUAUAAAAUUGUAUUAUA